AUGCCCAAGAAGCCGUUUAACUGGCGGUUGUGGACCAAGAUGAUUGUCGGCGGAGGUGCUAUCUGCGUUGGAGGGCCAGCAUUCACGUACUGGGUCAUGCCCACAGAUGAGGAGUUGUUUAAGAAAUACAACCCCGAGCUCCAGAAAAAGAGCCUGGAGAGAAGGGACGAGCGCCAGCAGGAGUUUGACGACUUCGUCACGAGGCUCAAGCAAGCUUCCAAAUCGGACAAGCCCAUUUGGGUUGUCCAGGCAGAACAUAUAAAGCAGGCCCAAGACAAGCACAAGGAAGAGCAGUCCAGAAUGCAGAAGGAAAUAGAGGCGAGAAGGGAAGAGAUGAGGCGCGAGGCCGGGCUGCAACAGCAGCCGUCCAGCCCUCCAAACUGCAGAUGA